AUGCAUAAAAGAUACAUCAAGGAUGCAGCCUCAAAGGAACUUGUGGGUGAUAAAAGAAAGGAUCCACGAGCUCAGGCUCCCUCAAGCAAGUCAUCUCAGCUCACUAUGACCUUGUUUCCUACCAAGUUUGAAAAUAGGAAGAUUGAGUACAAGAUAAAGUACAAGGGAAGAACAAGACCAUUCUCUAGAGCUAGAGCCUUGAUCACUUCUGAGCAGUACAUGGACCGAACCAAGUUAAAGGAACUUCUCUCAUCAUUCCUCACUAUCAUCCUUGAUGGUGGGACCAGCUCAACCAAUGCCUAA